CCAUCCAAGGUUUCGCUUGCGCUGGUAGCUCCCGCUGUCGCACCGCCACCGUCCGCCGCCGGGGUGAGCGAGAGGCGAUCGUCUCUGACUGACCCCGAUGGCCUCCAGCGCCCGAGCAAGUUAGCGCAGAAUGUUGGAUACAUCAGUACCCUUUGGACCAUUAGUUUCAAAUUUAUGUUUACUAAUUACUAUGAAUGGGUGCUGGAAGGAAGACUGAGACCUACAAUGCUGCGACACCAAGCAAUACACGGUUGCACGGGGACCAAUCCUUUUCUGCUCAUAAUCUCAAGGAAGAUAAGCUAGCUGGAGUUAUUUUUGGCUGCACACACAAAACCAUCAAUGAGUGCCUCUCUAAACAGCUAUUUGGUUUGCCUGCGGGACAUUUCACCUAUGUGAAGAAUAUUAAACCAGGUCUGCCACUGUUUCUGUUCAAUUAUAGUGACAGAAAAAUGCAUGGCAUUUUUGAGGCUGCAACUUCUGGCCAACUUGCCAUUGACCAAUUUGCUUGGAGUCAUGAUGGUAGAACAAAGACACUAUAUCCUGCACAGGUUCAUGUCUCCACCAAAACUCAGUGCCUGCCACUCCCAGAAAACAAAUACAAAAGUGUGAUUAGUGGCAAUUAUUAUUUAUUUCGCCACUUCUACUUCGAGCUAGAUCAUGCACAAACAAGAGAUUUAAUUUCUUUGUUUGUACCUGCUCCUGUUCAUCCUGCUCCAAACAAACGGAGUCCUUCCGUACCUCCUGCUCCUGUUCAUGCUAUUUCAAACAAUCAGUUUGGUGUUUCGUCGCAUUCACUUGAUCCAGUUCCUUACAAACUGGUUGAUCAAAAUGCCGACAAUGCUAGUGCAAGUAGAACAUCAAAGAACAACUUUGAUGAGGAGGCUUCUGACUGGGAUGAUUUGGAUGAUGGUUUGACUGAGAAAGGAUUAGAUGCUGUGAGUGAUUACCGUCCACAUAUCAAUGCAGUGCAUGAUGAACAACAUGACACAAUGGCUAUUUUGCAAAAGUUGCAAGAAUUGUCUCUUCUGCGUCAGGAGAAGGCCCAAUCCUCGAAGGAUGUUGUUUCUAUUUCAGAUAAAAGCAUUCCUCAAGAAUCACCGCCAGGUGCUACUUUUCCUAAAGAUCCAUCUAAUGUCACCUUGGAGGGUGAUCCAGUUGUGAAAGACAACACAUCCUUUGAGCAACAUUGUGGAAAUGAUGAGCUGGUUCAAAUUAUCAAUGAAAUAGCCAAGAAGACCGAGGCAAUUGGGAAAAAACAGAUUGAGUCAGAUCAAGAAAUACUUGUAUUGAGGAAAUAUGUAAAGAACAUGAAAACAAAACUUCAGCAACUGCAAUACCAACAUGACAAAUUACAAAUGGAGUACUCAGCUGUACUCCUUGGCGAAACACGCAAUAUUGUGGAAGGGCCAUCAAUAUUCCUUAUAGGUGGCCAUAAUGGCAUUAGCUGGUUGCCAUCCCUUGAUUCCUUUUACCCUACAAUAGAUAGACUAAUGCCACUAAGGCCAAUGAGCUCGGCCCGGUCAUAUACUGGCGUUGCUGCACUGAACGAUCACAUCUAUGUUUUUGGUGGUGGCGAUGGCAGUUCAUGGUAUAACACAGUGGAAUGCUACAACAGGGUGAGCAACGAGUGGAUGGCAUGCCCACGCUUGAAACAGAAGAAAGGAAGUCUUGCUGGAGCCACAUUGAAUGGUAAAAUAUUUGCUAUUGGCGGGGGCGAUGGGUAUCAGUCUUUAUCAGAAGUUGAGAUGUUUGACCCAGCACUUGGGAGUUGGAUAUACAGCCCUUUUAUGCGGCAAUGUCGAUUUACUCCUGCCGCAGCCGAAUUAAAUGGGGUUCUCUAUGUAGUUGGUGGUUAUGAUUUCAACAGCAACACAUACUUACAAUCAAUGGAGAGGUAUGAUCCAAGGGAAGGUCUCUGGACCCAGCUUGCAAGCAUGACGACAAAAAGAGGAUCCCACUCUGUGACCGUCUUGGGGGAAGCCCUAUAUGCUGUGGGAGGGCAUGAUGGAAACCACAUGGUUUCCACUGUGGAGAUCUUUGACCCUCGUGCCAAUUCGUGGAGGUUAAGCAGCCCGAUCAGCAUCCCAAGAGGAUACGCAUGUGCGGUGACAGCGAACGAUAAUGUGUACCUCAUUGGUGGGAUUGAAACCAAUGGAGAAAAUAUUGAAACUGUGGAAAUGUACAACGAGAGGCAAGGCUGGUCGAUCCCUGGUUACAAAGCGAUAGGGCAAAGGUCGUUUGCCUCUUCUAUUGUGGUCUGACAUUGACACGGCUGCAGAUCUCAUAUCCUGCCCGCAUGUUACCGAAGCUAUGGACCGGCCCUUCGGUUGCCCAAGUGUUCUGUACAGUGCGACACAUCGGUCACGGUAGAUAUCCUCUUAUGAAAACAACCACUGGGGGUUUGAGAAUUAUUUUGCCGCCCCUUGCUGACGUACAGACGUCUCUCAGAAACUGUUAGAUCUCACAGUAACACAAGGUCUUGACAGAUAACACCAGUAGUCCGCCAGCAGCAUUGUUGUUUCUGUUUGCUUUUGAGGUGGUAUGAUAGCGCCUGAACAAAUGGCAACUCCAGAAGUUGGAACAAAGAUAUCACAACUGAUUUUUUGGCUCCACCCCCAGACUUUGAUUGCUGAGUGACCAUUUCUUGCUCUAUUGUCGCUGCAAUUGCUUAAACUUUGUGGUGA